AUGGAGUUUACAGCGGUGAUAUUUUGUGGGAGAGGAAAGUCUCUUGAGCCAUUUUCGGAGACACGAAGUACUGGGUUACCUAAGGCGUUAUUACCCAUUGCUAAUGAACCCAUGAUUAAUUAUGUGCUAGAUUGGUGUCACCGUGCAGUUUUGUCAAAGAUCGUUGUUGUUACUCAAGAGGAAACUAGUGAAUCGGUAGAGGUAGCGAUUGAAAAGUAUAAGAAGCUGAGACGCGAGUCACUUGAGAAAUCAACCGAUAUACUGGAGGCUACAUUUGCAACCCCAAUCGAGAUUAUGCCAUUCACGGCUGAAAAUAGCGCUGAAAUUAUCUAUCAUCUUUAUAAAGAUCCGCAAUUCAGAGCACAAGCACAAAACCUCAUGUUUUUGCCCUGUGAUUUCAUCUCGGAUCUACCACCAUCGGUUGUUAUUGAGGCGUUCAGAAAUAGAAACGAAUCCGAUGUGGGAGUUUAUGUUGCAUACAAGAAUCAGCUAGAUAUAGAAGAUAAGAAACUGAAAAUAUUUGGCAAAAAAUACACGGUCUACGCAGGUGAUGCUGAUGACUCAUGCUUACUAGACGUAUAUGGAAAGGCUGAUAUUGAGUUGUCGAAAAUGUUGCGUAUAAGAACCCAAAUGUGCUGGAGGUACCCCAAAUCCAUCGUGAGUACAAAGCUUCUUAAUAGUGGAAUAUUCUUGGCUUCCUAUGAAAUAUUUAAUGUCAUUGAGGAAUCACCAAGCAAGUUUAAUGAAAUAUAUUUUGAGAAACGAAAUUACGACAAAUUUAUCCGUGAUUUGGCGAGAAGAUCGUGGAAACAUUCCAUUAAAAAGGGAACUGUUGGGUUUUUUGUAGUCCCAUCUGAAGCAACCUUUUUCAGAGUCAAUAAUUUACCGGUAUUAAUGGAAGCCAAUAGACAUUUCAUGAAACAACAAGCAAUGAAAAAGGGCCAGUCACAACAAGGUUCACAACUGAAAGACAAACUCGCUGCUCACGUUGGGAAUGACUCAAUGGUUGGUGAAAAUACCGAGUUGGGUGAAAAGACUAAUGUGAAGCGCAGUGUUGUGGGACAUUGUUGUAAAAUAGGCAAGAAAGUCAGAAUAACUGGAAGUUUGAUUCUUGAUAAUGUAAGCAUUGGUGAUGAUGUUCAAUUAGAAAAUUGUAUUAUUGGUCAUCAUGCUAAGGUUCCACCAAAAGCCAAGUUGAUCAAUUGUAAUGUUGAGUCUACAAACGAAGUUCCAUCGGGAACCCAGACCAAAGGUGAUACAUUGCUCUGUAUGAGCUUAGAAGCCGUGGAAGAUGGUGAUAGUGAGGAGGAGUUUGUCUUGAAGACGGGUCCGCUUAGCGACUCGAGCUCUGAUGACGAUGAUGAUGACGAAAGUGAAGACGAGAGCGAAUUUGAGGACGAAUAUACUGGUAACGACGACGGAUUGUUUGCAUAUUGA